AUGGGUUUCGUCAGUGUCUUCUCGACAAUAAAGAUUGUUCCCACGGAGCUCGGGGAAGGGAUUUGCCCGUUUUUCAUUACGCCGCUCUCCGAAAGAUUCGGCCGACUUCAAGUCUUCUACAUUAGAAAUCUCCCCGGGCUAUAUUGCUUAAUCGCCAGCGCCCUAUACCUAAACAUCCCUGUACCGAUUACGUUCCGAGUCUUAACGGGUUGCUUCUUAUCGAUUCUCUCCCUCGGGCCCGUCAUUAUUAGGAAUUUGUUCCAAAUAGAACCAACCGGCCGGUCCAUAUCGGUCGUAUAUCUCACAGAGCCUAGGUUAGCGAUAGUCGAUUUGGUUAGCGGCUAUCGUACUCAGGUUCUUCGGCUUACCUUUACUAGUUAUACUCUAGGAGAUAUAUACAGUCGUCAUUCUAAGGCGGAAGGGGAAGCGCGUUAUAAAACCAAUGUAGAUCCUAGCCCAGUCUCCUCUCCUUAUUUCAACAACGAGCUAUAUAGCGUAACAUAUGCUUUAGUCUUAUUGAUCCUUACCACACUCAUAGAAACCAUAGAGUCGACGUACCUUAUCGUCUUUUCUAGCGGCUCCAUUGGCUUGACAUUUUUAAGUCUCGCUAUCGGCAAUACCAUCGCUUUGAUCUUCUAUAGUCUCACUUCCGACCGCUAUACAAUCCACCAACGUGAAACAAAGGGUGACGCAUUUAAGCCGGAGUUUAGGCUGAUGCAUUUGCUCCUUACUUCAGUCAUUCUUCCUCUAGGCUUCCUCAUCUACGGAUGGACAUUAGAGUUUCAUCCUUUAUCGCAGCCGCUUUCAUCCCCCCUUUGGCAUUACUAA